AUGGAGAAGCGAUCAAAGUGGAAAUUGUUCUCCAAGGACAAGAGCAAGAGCCCCCCUCAUGGCUCUGGCUUCAGUCCGCCGCAGGACACCGGCAAUGCCAGUAGACUCGAUGUUCCCGACGCAAAUAGCUCAGAGCCCACUAAUUCCUUGACUACGGAGGGUAGCUCCAACGCCUCGGCAACUUUGACAAACCCGUCCUCGAACAACACAUCCAACCCCGGGUACGCGAAUGGCAACACCACGAAUGGUAUGACAGCAAAUGGGCCGGAAAGCCAGGUCCAAGACCCUGCAGCGCAGAAUAGUCCCACCAUCAAACGUGAAACUCACACCAACACCAACACAGGUCAGACUGUGACAACCACGACGACGACCACAACAACCACAACAACUGUGAAGGGUCCAAAUGGGACCACAGUCGUCCAAGAACCUCGAGUGGGCGCCGCAGAGUUACCCGCAGCCAGCACUCCAGGCUCUGAGCACCAGGCUGCCCACGAUCCCGGCGAAACCGGGUUACGACCUGCUCCGCUAGCAAUACCUCCACGGCCCCCAAAGGAGACCCUCGACCCAGCUCCUAGGAAGAGCUCAGAAACACCCGGUCGCCGUAUCAUCCCACCUCGCGAGCCUUUGACAUCACCAUCUGCGCCAGGCGCCUACGAUUCCAUCGCGACACCACCAGUGCCUGAGCGAAACACAAACAGACAUGGUGGGCCGCAAAACUUCUCAUAUCCUGGGAGGAAUGAGUCCCCGCCAGACAGCUACUUCAGAGAAGCCCCGAAUGAACAUCGUUCCACCUUGGAGAGCCUCAAAACGGCCGCAGUGGGUCUCCAUGGAGUCGGCGAGACGCUCCGAGGGACUCUGAACGACUCUGUAGACCGCCGCUUCGGCAACAACCAGCAAGCGCGAGACAAGAACCAGGCGGCCAUCGAUGCUGGCAGGUUCGAGAUAGAGCAGCGCCGCUUCUACCAGCCCUACCGGGCCGAGGACGGGCGCCAGGCCGAGGACCAGCAGGAGAGAGCACUUGAGCAGCAGAAACACCUCCAGCCAGGAUCCGCCGCGGACCGGGCCAGCUGGGGGACCUUUGGUGCGCCUGAUGGAGAUGCGGGAGUGAGCAGUAGGUUGGGCAAGUUCUUUGGCAAGGCUACGCCAUCUGCGUCACAAGUGGACAAGCCUGCGCAGGUUGAGACGCCCAAGGAGAGGACCAGGCUGCGCAAGAGGAGCAGUUCUGCGCUUGGUGUGGUCCAGGAGUAA